CACACCCAUACCCGCGGUCCCGCUGACCGACGUUCUCUCGUCCUCCCCUGCAGCCCCGCUCCCCAGCCUCGCGUAUAAGGAGGACGGUCGUCAUCCUCAACUAUAAGAGGGUGGCCGACGUCACGAUGGGGUCGCGUUCCCGUGCCGCCCUGGGGGACAUCGGCAACUGCGUGUCUCGUCCGAAAGUGCGGCCAGCCGCCAAGAAGUCGGCGUUGGAGGCGGACCACGGGCACCCGAGUGUCAAGAACGGCCCCACGGAGAGAGUGGUCACCAAGAGCAUAAUGAGGCUUGCCGCCAAAGAAAACGUGCCUCCUCCAGCCCCGAAUAUCCAGCCAGAGCCGUCCCAGUCAGAGCAUCGGUCUCCAAUGCCCGUGGAAAGAUGUGAAUCUGUUCCAACAGCAGGCAUGCUGUGUCAGGCUUUUUCUGAAGUCCACCUUCAGUCUGAUGACCAAGAUAUGGAAGGUAGUAGUGACCCAAACCAGUGCAGCAGCUAUAUGAAGGACAUCUACAAGUAUCUGAGAUGCAUGGAGGAAAAUCGACCUGUCAGAUACCAGUACCUGGCUGGACRGGAAAUCAGUGGGGACAUGCGUGCCGUACUAGUAGACUGGCUUGUCCAAACUCACAUGUUUUUCAAGUUCCAGCAAGAGACCUUGUUCUUGACAGUUUCCAUCAUCGAUCGCUUCCUGCAGGACAAUGUUAUUUCCAAGACAGAUCUGCAGCUGCUUGGUGUCACAGCUCUAUACAUUGCCAGCAAAUAUGAAGAGAUUGUUGUGCCAUGUAUUGGAGACUUUAGCUGUAUAACUGAUCAGACUUUCUCCAAAGCCGAUAUUAUCCAGAUGGAGAGGAAGAUCCUGAAAGCCCUGGACUUCUUUCUGGGUUGUCCUCUGCCUCCACACUUCCUAAAAAGAGCUUCAAAGAUUGCAGAGGUGAACUCUGAACAAUGCACUAUGGCCAAUUACCUGAUGGAGCUGUGCAUUGUGGAUUAUGAUAUGGUUCACUUCCCACCAUCCAGGAUUGCAGCAGCUGCCUUCUGCUUGUCUCUGAAACUCCUCAAAGGACACAAGUUGUUACCAUUUCUGCAACAGUACACAUUUUACACUGAGAGUGAAAUUCUCCCAGUUAUGCAGCAUGUGGCAAAGAAUGUAAUUGCUGUGCAGAAGUAUGAUGCCAAGCAGAAGGCAAUCAUGGAGAAAUAUGCCACCGCUGCUAACAGCAAGAUAAGCACCACUGARAAGUUGUACUCUCCUAUUAUCUGGGAUCUAGCUAAGCCUCUGGUUAAAAAAAUGUAACUCCUGUGUGACCUCAUGCAGAAUCCGGCUCACUGUAUAUACAAAGUAUCCUAUUUGUGUUAAUAUAUUAAAGCAGUUAU